AUGGAGCGACUACGGGAGGACGUCACCUGCUCCAUCUGCCUGGACGUUCUGGACGACCCCGUCUCCAUCGAGUGCGGCCACAACUUCUGCCGGGGCUGCCUGUCCACUCACUGGCUCGGGGUCUCAGCCCAGGGACGCCGCUGCCCCGAGUGCCGGGCUCCCUGCUCCAGGGGCAGGAUGAUCCCAGACACACGUGUCAAAAGCCUGGUGGAGAAAUACACCGAGCUCUUGCGGGAAGAGCCGGAGCCGCAGCAGGGGCCGGGGGCUCAGCCGGAGCCGGGGCGCCCGGUGCAGCUGGUGUGUCUGGACGAGGAAGGGGGCCUGACCCUGGACGAGGAGGCCCUGAGCCGCUGCCUGGAGCAGGGUGGGGUGGGGGACGCCCCCGUCUGCCUGGUCUCCAUCAUCGGGGAGCAGCGCUUGGGCAAAUCCUUCCUGCUGAACUACCUGCUGCGCCGGCUCCGGAGCCUGGACGCGAGGGACGGGGCAUGGAUGGGGCAGGAGGACGAGCUCCUGGAGGGGUUCGAGUGGCGAGCGGACGAGGAGCGAGUCACCCAGGGCGUGUGGGCCUGCAGCCAGCCCUUCUGGGUCCCCACCGAGGGGGGGAAGGUGGCCGUGCUGCUGGUCGACACCGAGGGCUCCAUGGACAUUGAAAGGAACAAAGAGACGAGCAUCAAACUCUCUGCCAUGUCCAUGCUGCUCAGCUCCUACCAGAUACUGAACAUUGGCCAUCGGGUGAAGGACCCAGAUCUCGAGUACCUGGAGAUGUUUGUGCAGGUGGCCGAAGUGGUGGGGGAGGCCUACGGACUGGACCCCAUUCAGCAUCUAGACCUGCUGGUGCGGGAUUCGAGCAUCCCCGGGGUCCUCAGAGCCCAGGGUGGGGAGCAGCAUCUGAGACGCUGCAGACAGAAGCUGGCGGCGACGUCCCCCUGCAAACACCCCAAGGCCCUGGAAGUGCUGAGCAGAAACAGCAGCCGCUGUUACCUGAUGCCCUCUCCUGGCGAGCGGAUCACGAUGGGGAGCGAGGGAACCCUGAGAGACAUGAGUGCAAAUUUCCGGGAGAGCCUGAGGGACUAUGUCACCGCCCUGGUGAGCUCGGCCGCCCAACACGUCCGGAGGGACCGGCAGGGGGAGCUGCUCACCGGGACACAGCUGGCUGCCAAGAUAAAGAAUUUAUCUGAUGUGAUGAAGAAACAUCGCUCUGGGUUCUCCUCUCCCUGUCAGAUGGUCAUCACCUUCCACAACCAGAGAGUCCUGGACAGAGCCCAUGCAGCCCACGCUGAUUUUCUGAAGGAGAAGGACAGUGACUCCAGGAACCCAGUUAAAUGCCUGACGGUGAGGCCGAAAAAGAUGGCAGAGCAGCUCGCAGAGCAGCGUGAGCACUUGCUGGGGCAGUGCCGGAAGGACAUGCUGCCAAAGGAAGAGGCCCUGGGGACGGAGCUGGAGGUGGAGCUGAUGCAGAAGAAAGAGGCCCUGGUGACGGAGCUGGAGGCGGGGCUGAUGCAGGAGGCCAAGGCCUUCCUGGAGACCUACAGGAAGCGCUUCAAGAAAUUUGCCACUGUGGCAGGUGUGGGCGUGGGGACAGUGGUCCUGGCACCGGUGGGUGGAGUUGCUGCUGCUGGAAUUGCCACGGCGGUCGGCGUGGCUGGGGUGUUGGCAGGUGUUGGGGCAGGCACCUUGGCCGGGAUUGUCGUGGGCGGGGGUAUGGGUGGGGUAGUUGGUGGGAACAUCGCCCGGAAGGAUAUCAACCGGGCCGAGGCCACCGCCAGCCAAGGGGAAGAGGAGGAUGGCCCUGAGGAUCUGUCUGAUACGGCCCCCCUGAUCUGA